UAGACGAUCGAGAGAGGAUGAGGCGCCUGUGGAGCUUGUUAAUACUUCUGCAAAUGUACGAUUUAAGUUCUGUCGCUGCAUCAGACGAACGGUGGAAGAAAAUCAGAGAAAAGAUUUCAAAAUCUGUUGAAGAGGACACGCCGUGCAACUCGGUCAACUGCAGCUGCCAUCUAAGCGUCCUCCAGCACGACCUGCAGCCCUUUCAAAGCGGAAUCCCUGAGGAUGUUAUGGCUGCUACGGUUCAGAGAGGAGUGGGCACCCACUACCAGAUCAUUGGACACAAACUGUACAGAGAGCACAACUGCAUGUUCCCUGCUCGGUGCAGCGGGGUGGAACACUUCAUCCUGGAGGUGAUUGACAGGCUGCCAGACGUGGAGAUGGUGGUGAACGUGAGGGAUUACCCACAAGUCCCAAGCUGGGUGCAGCCGCCUCUGCCCGUCUUCUCUUUCAGUAAGACCUCGGACUACCAGGACAUCAUGUACCCGGCCUGGACGUUCUGGGAGGGCGGGCCCGCUGUGUGGCCCAUAUACCCCACUGGACUGGGGAGAUGGGACCUGAUGAGGAACGACCUUAAAAAGUCGGCAUCACGGUGGCCGUGGGAACACAAAAAGUCCAAAGGAUUCUUCAGAGGCUCCAGAACCAGCCCAGAGCGCGACCCCCUCAUCCUCCUGUCCAGAGAAGCUCCAGAGCUGGUGGAUGCAGAGUACACCAAGAACCAGGCCUGGAAGUCGGACAAGGAUACACUCGGGAGACCUCCAGCCAAAGAGAUCCCCCUGGUUGAUCACUGCAACUACAAGUACUUGUUCAAUUUCCGGGGUGUGGCCGCCAGCUUCCGGCUCAAACACCUCUUCCUCUGCGGCUCCCUGGUCUUCCACGUCGGGGAUGAGUGGCAGGAGUUUUUUUACCCUCAGCUCAAGCCCUGGGUCCACUACAUCCCAGUUCAGCAGGAUCUGUCAGACGUCAGGGAGCUUUUACAGUUCGUCAAAGACAAUGAUGCAGUCGCAAAGGAGAUUGCCACGAGAGGUCAGGAGUUCAUCUUCCAGCACCUGCAGAUGCAGGACGUCUCCUGCUACUGGGAGAGACUCCUGACGGCCUUCAGCCAGCUCCUCACCUACAAGCCCAGCAGGAGCAGCAGCUACAAACAGGUCGUCCACAAACCCAGCAGAACGGAGCUGUGAAGCAGCGGCUCGCCAGGACCAUGGCAGCGUUGAAUGUAAUUCCUCAGCCACGGCACGCAAUCCUACGGAAGAGUAUUAGGGCCAGGCAGGGGAAAAAUGAAAUCAUAUUUUAGAGGAGGAAGAUUUUUUUUUCAUUAUGCACUCUGAAAAAAGUCGAAAUGUCGAGAAAAAAGUUUAAAUGUCGA